CCGACCUUAAUUGGUAAAUCGCCCGCCCGCCGCCGCUAAGCAUGGUUUCGCCUCCCCCCCCGUAUCGCCUCAGCCCAAUCACGCGGCGUCGCAAAUCUCGAAAAUCAUGGCAUGUUUGAUACUCGCAACCGUGCCCCGGAAUAUCCCCAAUCUAUCAUCCUUGAGAGCGUAUCCUGUUCACUGCGGCGUGCGGGGUAAUUUCCAUUACUCAAGGGCGACUGGGGCCGAGAGAUAGCUCGCACCCCAGCUCUCCAACGUGGUAUCGGCCGGGCUUAGCAGAUCCGUCCCUGUCUUGAGUCUUGAUAAAGUCUCGAGAUCCCGCUGCCUCGGGUCUUCUUCCCUCGGAUCUUGCUCUUCUCAACCCUCGCACGAUUGCUCGCCCAUCGCCAUACCGCAGCCAUGGGAGACUCACCCUUCUCCAAGACGAACCGCGUCGCCGAGGAUGUCGACCACGAUGACAAGCAUCCGCCGGUGCUCAAGACCACGUCCAACCGGGAGGUGGCCAUCAACGCGUCGGGCCACGUCCAGGAGCUGCAGCAGAACUUCAACCUGCUCGCGCUGGCCGGCGUCGGGCUCGUCGUCGGCAACGUGUGGCCCGCGAUUGGCGGCUCGAUCCUCGUCGCCAUCUUCAACGGCGGGCCGCCCGGCGUGCUGUACGAGUUCAUCGUCGUGUCCGUCUUCUACUGGACCGUCGCCGCGAGCAUCGCCGAGCUCGCCAGCGCCAUCCCUUCGUCGGCGGGCGUCUACCACUGGGCGUCCGUGACGCCGGGCCAUCGCUGGGGCCGAGUCAUUGGCUUCUUCGCCGGCUGGUGGAACUAUCUCGCCUGGGUGCUCGGCGCCGCGAGCAUGUCGUCCAUCCUCGCCAACACGCUGGUGCAGAUGUACGCGCUCAACCACGACGGCUUCGUAGCGGAGUCGUGGCACAUCUUCAUCGCCUACAUCCUGACGACCUGGAUCUCGUGCGCCGCCGUGUGCCUCUUCAACAGCGCCAUGCCGAGCCUGAACAAGAUUGGCGUCUUUGCUGUCCUGGGCGGCUUCAUCAUCACCGUCCUCGUCGUCGCCAUCAUGCCCGGCCGGGGUGGGCGUCCGCCGCACGCGAGCUCGUCGUUUGUGUGGACCGAGUGGCAGGCUGAUAUCGGCUAUCCCAGCGGAUUUGUCUUUGUUGCCGGCAUGCUCAACGGUGCCUUCAGCGUUGGACCUGUAGAUGCCACAACCCAUCUGGCAGAGGAGAUUCCCAACCCGCAGCGAAACGUGCCCAUCGCCCUGCUCCUGCAGGUCAUCACGGGAUUCAUCACCGGACUGGUCUACCUCAUCGCCAUCAUGUACGCCAUCAACGACUACGACGCCCUCUUUGAAUCCGCCUAUCCCAUUGCCGAGAUUUACCGCCAAGCCACUGGUUCCGCAGCAGGCGCCACAGGACUGCUCUCCUUGGUGCUGAUUUGCAUCGCCCUGACCGUUGUCGGUCUAUACAUUACCUGUGGGCGCACGCUUUGGGCUCUUGCCCGCGAUGGCGCCACCCCGUUCCCGCAUGUGCUCGGACAGGUUCACGAGAAGCUGGACAUGCCCCUGUGGUCCACGCUUGCGACAGUCGCGCUAGUCACUGUUCUGGGAGCCAUCAACGUGGGCAGCACAACCGCCUUCAACGCGUUUGUCGGAAGCUUCAUCCUUCUGUCUAGCAGUUCAUUCCUGGCGGCAAUUCUACCCAACUUGCUCACUGGACGGAAGAACAUUACAUAUGGGCCGUUUCGCAUGCACGGAUGGGUGGGAUUCGUCAUCAACGGAAUUGCAUGCUCAUACAUGCUCGUCUGGAGCGUGAUAUACUGCUUCCCGUACUCCCUGCCCACAGCUGCUGCAAGCAUGAACUACACAUGCGUCAUCUGGGGCGGAUUUACCACCUUGGUUGCUUUGUGGUGGUUGGGAAGUGCAAGAAAGGGGUAUCAAGGUCCGACUGCAACAGGCAGCCUGGUUGUGGGCAUGGAAAGUGAUCGUGCUUGAGACUUCAGUUCUUGAUCCACCAGAGCGAAUCCGAGUAAUUUGGAGGCGAUGUGGAGCCUUGACAUGUGCGGAGAUUUGGAGUAAUGGCGUGUAACACGUGCCCAGACAUGUAUAUGGCGGUCAACAUAAUCUUCGCAAAGCCUCGGUUUGCAGUGGUGGCAGAUGUAGGAUAGUUUGCGUUAAAGUGUACAUAGCAGAUGAUAAUUGACGUUUAGACCACGAUUCGGG